AUGGAGUUCACGAGAUAUCAAGCCUCCAUCGACUCCUUGACAGUUCGUGGGACCUACCCUCUGAUGGUCCCGGGAUACGCGGCAGUCAUCGCCGAUGAGGUCAGCAAAGCGAGUCGGUCACGCUCGCAGACAUCGCAAGCGAUGUGCGCCCUCAAGACGCCAAAGCGCUUGGGUCUGACCGGAACGCCCCUGGAAAACGACUACGACGAAGUCCAGACCUUGUUGAAUUGGCUGGACAUUAAGCCAUGGAACGAUCGGAAGGUAAUCAACGAAUACUUCGUGUCGAAGAGGCCGAAGAAAUCCAAGGCACGAGCGUUGAAGGGAGAACGCAACGCGAUUCUCUCGACUAGUCUGAGGGCUUGCGUCUUCCCUCUGAGGAUAGACGACACCUUCGAUGGGGAGCAGUUGGUCGAGUUCUCGCGAGCUAUUGAAAACGAUACCCCGGUGACAUUCUCCCCCUCAGAGUCUGCUCAUCAGAAGGACACAACGCCACUGUGGGAUAGGAAAAACCCCAUGAAAUGGCUAAGGAUCCAACCCUGGAACGACAUCAAAGUAUUUAAUGACUACUUCGUCACCAAGAAGCCGAAGAAGACCAAGGCGAAGACCCUCAGGGGCAUAAGAAACGCGAUAUUCGCCACGAGCCUACGGGCCUGCUUCUUCCCCCUCGCAAUCGACGACACUUUCAAUAGAGGUUGCCUCGUUGAAUUCUCGCGACACAGCGUGAGAAACACGAAGUUGACACUACCGACGGCCGAGGCGGCCCACCAGAAAGAAACAAGACCCAUUUGGGGUAAGCAGAAGGGGGGGAAGGACAGAGAGCGGUAG